GACGGAAAGCCGUCCCCUGCCGAGCGCCUCCAACCAACCCUUCACCGACACACGCUGGACUCGGCCUCGCCGGCCAGGUGGAGGCUGGGGUGAUCCCCACUGUGCCACCUUUGAUGGACUUCAGUAUGAAUGCAAUUUCCUGGGCGAAGCUCUCUGGACGAGGUGUGCAGACUUUGAGGUGCACGUCAUCACGAAGCAACCCAGCAACACAAGUCAGGCCACAGUCAUCACGGGCUUUGCCGUCAGAGAGUAUGGAGAGAUCGCCUAUGCCGUCCUGGACAGCGAGGGCAAUGAGUCCAGCUUCGAUGUCUACUUGGAUGGAGAGGAGAACAAAUUGGUUGGUGAGAACAUCACCAUGGAAUUUGAAGAUACGACGACACUGUCCCUUCGCACCCUUGCUGGGAACGAACUCACUGCGACCUUCCACUCAACACAUAUUUUCCUUCAGUUAACCCCAGCUGACAACUGCUUUAACCUCACGGAAGGGUUAAUGGGAAACAACAACGGCGACCCCAAUGACGAUCUGCAACCCUUCAAUGCUUCGAUGCUGCCGCCCAAUUCUUCCGCGGAGAGGAUUUACGAAGAACACGUCCUGUCCUGGUGCAUCACAGAGUUGCAGAAAUCUUUGUUUCCGUCAGAUGCCUUCGAGCCAUGUGUGAAGUCAUUUUGGCCCAUGUUCGCUUCAGACUUGGAUGCAGAUGCGUGUCCCUCAGCCUGCAACGACGACGUGGGCUGCUGCCUGGAUUGGGUGGCGGCUGGCGAAGCCAUCGCUGUCACAUCCCUGGCGGAGGCCAAAGCUGCCGGAGUCAACCUGAAUCUGUCAGUGCAAAGCAUUGCGGAGGCCCAGAGCAACGCGGUGUCCUUCACUGCCUUGGACCCACCGAGUUUGUCGUUUCCCACAGAAGUUUGGUCCAUUCCAACAGAAGAGCCCGUACUUCAGCUAAAGAUCUUGGCUGAAGGCAGUGCAGUGCUGGAGGAGCUGAACUGCUCCAUUUGCGAUGCCGAGGUCCAAUGUGAGGUUUUCGGACUUGGUGGAAAUCAGGCCUUCAUGGAAAUUACAGCCGUCUCCCUACCCCUUGGGCCGUUUGAUUGUACCGUGAUGGAUUCGCAAGGUUUUUUGGGUAUUGGAGGAUCCGAUGUGAUGGGAACUGGGAGCACCACCACGACCACGCUGACAGCCACGGUGACCACGGUGACCACGGUGACCACGGUGACCGCUUGGGUCACCGUGACCGCGACCACCUCGGAGACCAGGGCGGGCACCGCGAGUUCCGCGGUCACGACGACGUCUCUGACCUCAACUGAGUUUAACCUCAAGCCGGACCUCAUUUGCGACUUCGACAAUAACCACAUUGUCGGUGACGACUGGACGAAACAGGAGACCAACUGUGCUGGGCACCUGCUGCAACCAGGUGAUCAUUGCUCCGUGACGUGUCCUGACGGCUUCGUCUCCAUGGGAAAAUAUCAGUGUUCCAAGUUCCAGGGCUACGCCUUGGUGCUGGGCUUCGCCCUGUGUCUACCCGGCGAUCCCGGUGCCGAUCCCGACGCCGUCGACGCCGUCGAAGCCAUCGAAGCCGUUGAGGUGAUGGCACACUCUUUCUACCUGAGACUAGCACAGCCGGUGUCCGAUCUUGCUGCAGGGCUUCGGGCGUUUUUGAUGGGGUUCUACCAGAUGGACUCACAUCAACUUCUGCGGCUGCAACUCAAAACUACUGAGGUGAGCACGGUGACAUCGACGACAUCGCCGUCGACAUAUCUGGUGUCCUACGAGGUCUUGCUGACGCCUUGGAGUGCCGUUCGUAUGGCCUCCCUGGAAGGAUUCCAAGGUCGCGAGCUGCUUCAAACGGCGCUCAAGGCGGACUCGGAAGAGUUGGACGUCCAAAGUCUACAAGCCAACGUCUACGAACAGGCGACACCUAUGCAGGACCAGCGCCCGCUGCUGACUCAGCUGCUGUGGAGCCUCCGAGACAACGAUGGCAACGAGUCCGAUAGCAGCGAGGGCACGGAAACAACGACCUUCGAAACGACAGAAGAGCCUAGCAGCAACGGAGUGGUUACCGUCCAGGUCAUCUUUGCUGAAGCUUUGGCUUGUUUGGCUUGGGCCCUUUCCAGUUGAACAUCGCCGGGUCUAAGCUUGGCCGCUGCUCGCAGAAAAUUCCAGUCGAGCUGUUAACAAACUGUUUGAGGUGUGACAAUGACUGGUUACUUAGAUGUCAACGUCGCCAAAUUCGAGCGAUUGAAAUGCGUCCACAUGGUGGAUGCAUCGGCUGAAAACACAGUGGCCAUAGUGGCCCGGGCCUGAUUUGCCUGGAGGCCGCUGGGGCCGAUUGUUG